CUUUGCCGAUCAAGCAGGCGGGGCAACCCCACCUUCUUAAAGCAGUUACACGGAUAGAGGCGGCAUUGCUGGAGAAAACAGACGUACGUCCUGUCUGGCCGGGAUGGGUACCUUAGCUGCUGAGACCUGACUCCCCUCGUUAAGACUUGGCAUAUACUUCCGGCCGGAGCGGUGCUACUAUCCUAACUGUGGUUUGUUUUAGAAAAGCAUUCCACUCAUCUUCAGUUACAGAGAUGAGCCUCGACAAGAGCCGGGAUCGGGCAAGGGAACUGGAUCACGAUGACCCUCUGGGCUUCACGAGGGCCGAGUUCAACAUACCGACAAAGACACAGAUAGCAAGCACACAGCUCAGUGAGAAAUCCGCUACCCCGUCUGGCGAUGCACAGGAUGACGACAGCAUCUACUUAUGCGGCAAUUCGCUCGGGUUACAACCCAAAAGAACUGUUACCCGGAUCGGCCAGUAUUUAAGCACGUGGCAGACUCAAGGGGUUCAGGGGCAUUUCAAGCCCCUUGACGAUUCACCCCUGCCAACAUGGCUGGAUGCCGAUGCGAGGGCUGCCCAGCUGAUGGCUCCGAUUGUUGGGGCGGAUGAGUCCGAAGUUGCUGUCAUGCAGACCUUGACGGCCAACCUCCACUUCAUGAUGUCAGCCUUUUACCAUCCGGACAUCAAUGGCAGGCACAAGAUCAUCCUGGAGAGCAAGGCUUUCCCCAGCGACCAUUUUGCCGUCGAGACGCAACUCCGCCAUCACGGUCUCUCUCCCGAGACCUCGAUGGUUACCAUAAAAUCGCCCUUCUCUGAGGACAAUGUCCUCACCACUUACGAUAUCAUGUCGGUGAUAUCCACCCAUGCUGAGACGACGGCGUUGAUCCUGCUCCCGGGUAUCCAGUACUACACCGGCCAGCUGCUGGACAUCCCCACCAUCACGGCAUUCGCGCACAAGCACGAGAUCUUCGUCAUAUGGGACCUCGCGCAUGCGGUCGGUAAUGUACCGCUCUCCCUGCACGACUGGGACGUGGACGCGGCGGCCUGGUGCACUUACAAGUACCUCAACGGGGGUCCGGGCUGUAUAGGCGGCAUGUUUGUCCACUCCCGCAACAGCCCGGUCACUAAAACCAUCACGGACGAGAAGGCUGAAGAGGGCUACACGAAUCGCCUCGCCGGGUGGUGGGGGAAUGACAAGAAGACGAGGUUCGCCAUGGCAAACAAGUUCCAUCCGGUGAAGGGCGCCGCCGGUUUCCAACUCAGCAACCCCAGCAUCCUCGACAUAACAAGCCUGAGCGCCUCCCUGGAAGUCUUUGAGCUUGCUGGCGGUAUUGUUCCGUUGAGGAAGAAGUCACUUAAGCUGACUGGCUUCCUCGAGGAGCUGCUGAACGAGAUGGCUGUUGAAGACAAGGAACUGUUUCGCAUCAUCACCCCGUCGGGUCCCGGGGAGCGGGGCGCGCAGCUCAGCAUCAUGCUGUCGGGCGGCCUCUUGGAGGUUGUCAUGAAACAGCUCGAGUCCCGCGGAGUCAUUGUCGACGAGAGGAAGCCAGACGUGAUCCGCGUCGCACCGGCGCCCCUCUACAACACGUUCGAGGACUGCGUCGAGUUCGUGGAGGCAUUUUCUGCAGCUCUGGCUGCUGGCCGGAAUGCGAGGUCUUAAUAUACACCCUCCAGCGGCCGUAGAACGAGAGGGAGCUUCCAGGUAUUUCAGACGGCCUGCUUCCGGGCUACAAUACCUUGGGGCUUAUGAGCCCUUGUUGAGAACCGUCGAUUGAAUUCAAAUAUGUCUUGUGUGUAAUUAGUAGAGGCAUGUGUUCGUGGAAUGAGUUGUGACGUAGGGCUUGUGUCAAUAACGGAUCGCUUUACGAGUAGGUAGUCUUUCCACGGUCAGGACCGUUCCUGAAGAUC